UUUGACUGCGUUGUUAGGUUGUGGUUAUCGGUGAGCGGSAAACGCGAGGAGCACAGCGGCGAUGGCGAGCCAGCGGACUACCGCCGACCUGAGCGACCUGGUCCCUCGCCCGGAGAAGCUUCCGGAGCUCACUCGGCUGCACAGCAUGACGGAUCGUGUGAAGGGAUCCAUCGCCGAGUACCGCAACCAGAUCGUCCUGCUGUUGUCUCGCUACGUGGCGAACGGGAAGCACAUGCUGCAGCCGCACGAGCUCAGAAGCGAGCUGGACCGCGUUGCCGAGCUGGAGUGCUUCGCCGGCACGCAGAUCAAGGAGAGCGCUUUCGCCAAGCUCCUGCGAGGGACGCAGGAGGCAGUCGUCGUUCCUCCUUACAUCGCGCUGGCAGUCCGUCCUCGUGUGGCGGAAUGGCAGUACAUUCGAAUCAACGUGUUCGAGCUCACGGUGGAGCARCUCAGCCCGUCGGAGUACUUGGAGUUYAAGGAGCGYGUGAAGGCUACUGACGAUGWGGCGCCUCCAGUUUGCAGCGACUUCGCCACGCUGGAGAUCGACAUGGAGCCAUUCAAUGCCAGCUUCCCGAGAAUGACCCGUCCUUCGUCCAUCGGGGAGGGUGUGUCUUACCUGAACAAGCACCUGUCCACUCGGAUGUUCAAGGAGGAUGGCCUUCAACGUCUGCUGGACUUUCUGCGCACCUACAAGUGCGUGGGCGAGACGCUGAUGCUGAACGAGCGCAUCGACACGCUCGAGAARCUCCGCUGCAACCUCGCCAAGGCGGAGGAGUACCUGGGAGCGCUCCCUGGCGACACGCCCGUCGGGAGCGUGGCCACCAARUUGCAGGAGCUGGGCUUCGAGCGCGGUUGGGGUGACACCGCCGAGCGGAUCAAGGAGAUGCUGGUCAUGCUGUCGGACCUGAUUCAGGCGCCUGGUGCAGAUCUGCUGGAGAGGUUCCUGGGCCGCCUCCCGCUCGUCUUCAAUGUUGCCAUCAUGUCGCCUCACGGCUACUUCGGGCAGGCGAAUGUCCUCGGCCUUCCGGACACCGGAGGGCAGGUGGUGUACAUCUUGGACCAGGUGAAGGCGCUCGAACGAGAUUUGCUGAACCACAGCAAGCAGCAGGGGCUGAAUUUCAAGCCUCAGAUCAUCGUGCUGACCCGGCUGAUCCCUGACGCCCAGGGAACGGCCUGCAAUCAGCGGAUCGAGAACAUAGACGGCACGCAGUACUCGAAGAUCCUCCGUGUGCCCUUCAAGAACCCCAAGGACGGGAGYGUGCUGCGCAAGUGGGUKUCYCGYUUCGAYGUYUGGCCCUACAUGGAGCAGUUCACGGAGGACUCCGURCACGAGCUGCGCGCUGAGUUCGGCGGCAAUCCCGACCUCAUCAUCGGCAACUACAGCGACGGCAAUUUGGUGGCUGUCCUGCUCGCGCACAGGCUGAAGGUUGCGCAUUGCACGAUCGCCCACGCGCUGGAGAAGACCAAGUACCCCAACUCCGACCUUAACUGGAAGGAGCUGGAUGAGAAGUAUCACUUCUCCUGCCAAUUCACUGCGGAUCUGAUCGCCAUGAACCACGCCGACUUCAUCAUCACCAGCACGUUCCAGGAGAUCGCCGGUAGGGCGGACACUGUGGGGCAGUACGAGUCGCACCAGGCAUACACCAUGCCCGGGCUGUACCGCGUUGUGAACGGCAUCGACGUGUUCGACCCCAAGUUCAACAUCGUCGCCCCYGGCGCCGACGCCGACACUUACUAUCCGUACUACAUCAAGGAGAAGAGGCUGACGGCGUUCCACCCUGAGAUCGAGGAGCUGCUGUACGGGCAGACCGAGGACGACAAGCUGUGCCGCGGCGUGCUCAAGGACAGGAGCAAGCCCAUCAUCUUCACCAUGGCGCGUCUGGACAAGGUGAAGAACCUGACGGGUCUGGCGGAGAUGUUCGGCAAGAGCCCGCGCCUGCGCAAACUGGUCAACCUGGUCAUCGUGGGAGGCUACAUCGACCCGUCUCUGUCCAUGGACAGGGAGGAGGUGCACCAGAUCAACGCGAUGCACGCCGUCAUCGACGAGUACGGGCUGGACAAGGGCGACAUGCGGUGGAUCGUGGCGCAGAAGCACAGGAUGCGCAAUGGAGAGUUGUACAGGUACAUUGCAGACACCAGGGGCGCUUUCAUCCAGCCGGCGUUCUACGAGGCAUUCGGUCUCACUGUGGUGGAGGCCAUGACCUCGGGGCUGCCGACGUUUGCCACCUGUCACGGAGGCCCUGCAGAGGUCAUCAAGCACGGCGUUUCGGGAUACCACAUCGACAUGUACCGACCGGAGGAGGUGGCGGAUUUGAUCGCCGACUUCUUCGAGAGGUGCAAGACAAACCCCGGCGAGUGGGAUCAGCUGUCCAAGGACGGACUGGAGAGGAUCUACAGCAAAUUCACGUGGGAGAUCUACGCGGAGAGGCUCAUGACUCUCUCCCGUGUGUACACCUUCUGGAAGUUCGUGUCCAACCUGGAGAGGAGGGAGGCGAAGAGGUACAUCGAGAUGUUCUACAAUCUCAAGUACAAGGAGUGCGUCAAGACGGUGCCGCUCGCACUUGAGUGAGUCAAGAAUGCAAAUUCAUUCAUGGAAUUGUAGGAUUGCGCGCGCGUCGAGCUCGGGCGGUGAUGGGGUUUUCAUUAGCUACAGCCUACAGGGUAG